AUGGAAAACUGGACAGUGGAUCAAGUCUGCAGCUGGUUGAGACAGAGCAAUUUAGGAGAACUGGUCCCCAGGUUCCGUGAAGAAGAAGGGAGUGGAGCAGCUCUCCUGGCUCUCAACCAUCGUAUGGGGCAGCAGCUGGUGAAGCAGAUUGGGCACCAGGCAGUGCUGAUGGGCCUGAUUAACAAAUACCAGCAAUCCAACAGUGGGCUAGAAGCCCUCACCUGCUGCUGUGAAACAGCUUCUCUGAGACUUCCAGGAGCCCUCAGUGGAAAGAAUCUGAAGUCAUUUGUUGCAAGAUACAAGACCUUGCCGUGGACAAGCUCCUACGCUUUGCCAGACUUCCCUUAUGAUGUCAAUGUCAUCCUGGCAGAAAAAAAAUGCCCUGAUCACAGCAUGAGGAUAAGGAUGAUUGAGUUUUUACAAGCAGACAUGACAAAACACCUGGGAGGAUCACUGUACCCAAACAGCCAGCAGUACAACCUCGUGGUCAGUGCUCUGCUGCAGGCAUACCCCUUCCUGGAUGAAAAUGGGAAUGGCUUUCUGCUCUGGAAAAGGGCCCUCAGAGAUCGCUUCAAAUACGUGCGGAGACCUAUUGAGGAUGAUGACAACAAAUGCAAGAUUGGCCACAGGCGAGGGCAGGGCAGGAAGCCUUCACCUGCUGAAAACAAACCUGACCACAGCCAGGUGCAGGCACAGGGAGGAUUUCUGGUGUUUAACUGA